CGCCUGCCUGGGCUUUUACUUCUCCCUUACUCAAUGGACUUGUUGUUUAAGAGAGAUUUGUAAGGAUGAUUCCCCUAGAACAUUUAAAACGCUUAGGAUUAACCGAUCUAAAAGGAUAAAAGGGCUAGCGAUGCGCCGGUAGAUCAGUGGUAGAACACCUGUAUGUGUGUGAUUAAGGCCGAGCGAUCAGUGUCAACGUUGUCAUAGGUUCGAAUCCUGUCUGGUGGCUAAUCUUUAGCUAAACUCUUUCUGAUCUUCUAGCCCCUUUUGUUUUCAUUUUUAAUAAAUAAAUUUGAUAAUUUUAAUUAAAAUUUACAUGAGAAUAAUUAAUUAUAACCCUCUUCUUAUAAAGCAAUGUGAAAACUUCAAACGAUCUACUUCAAGUCGGCCCCUAACAAUAACUUUAAUGUUCGAAGCUUUAUGUCCUUACUGCCAAAGAUAUAUAGCUAAUAAUCUUGGCUCUUUACUUUAUAAAUUUGGAAACCAAACAAUUUUGGAAUUGGUUCCUUGGGGAAAUAGUCUUUUGCUAAGAAAUGGAAAAAUAUCUUGUAAUCACGGCCCUAAGGAAUGUGAUGCAAACCGUUUACUUUCUUGUGUAAUUAGUGAAGUUUCAGUUUCGCAGUCAGUGCAAUUCACCAUAUGUUUUGAGCGAUCCUUGUCAGCCGAUUCACCUGUAGAGCAAGCAAUGCAUACUUGUUCUAGUUUUAUUCGGGAAAGAUAUCGACAAAUAAAGCAAUGUUAUGUUGGGGAAAGAGGGCAACAGGUAUUAUUUAUUGUCCUUAUUUUUAAAUUUUUGUUCAAGCUCCAAAGACAAGCUGCUCAACGUACAAUGACUUCUAAACCGAAUCCAAUUGUUGAAGUUCCUUAUUUGCUUGUUAAUGAUUAUACACCAAGUUUAGACGGAAAUGCUAUUAAUAAUGUUUGUCUUCCACAUUUAAUACAAAAAUGGGUGAAUUUGAGAAAUGUUUAUUAA